AUGUCGAACUACAUCGGACCCGACGCCUAUGCCGCUCUCCGCGACUACCUUCACCAUGCCAAAGAAAUCAGCGACGACCUUGGCAGGCUCCGUGCCGAGAUCUUACACUUCGUUGCCCUAAAGCUCGAGAUCUUCGAGAAAUAUCCAGAGCUGCUCCCGCGCAACAGACGCUCGCUACAGCGCGAGUGGGUGAAGCGUGGCGGCUACCUGUAUAAUGUGGCGAAGAUGUACAUAGCCGUCUCGGAGCGGCUCGGGGUGCUCAGGAGAAGAGAGGGCAGGAUGCUUAGAGCUAGGUUGCAGUGUAUCCAGUUGGAGAGGAACAUGAGGAGGGAGAUAACCAUGGAAGCGGAGGCGGCGGAGGAGAUGAGGUUGGAGAGGAUGGAGAUGGCGAGGAACGAGUGGAAGUGGACCCAGCAUGGAAAGAACGAGAAGAAGGGGGAGAAUCAGGAGGGGAACAAGAAGGAGGGGGAGAACUAG